AUGGCAUGGGCCGGGCAGGCGGCGGGCCCGCCGGUGAAGGUGCUGUGCCAGCUGCGGCGGGCGGAGCGGGGCGCGGGCGGGAACGUGGCUGCUGGCCGCGGCCGGGCGCCUCUGGCGCUGCGGGCCGUGUGGAUGCAGGGCACGGUGCUGGAGGUGCAGCGCGGCGGCUCGGCCGCGGCCUGGGACCCCCAGCGCGCCUUCACCGUGCUGGGCGUGGAGCAGGUGCCGCAGGGCCGGCCGUGCCUCAGCGCAGGGAAAUAUGUAAUGGUGAUGGGUGUGGUGCGGUCCUGCAGUCCUGAGCCUGUUCUUCGAGCAAUAAAGAUGACAGAUCUCUCCGAAAACCCCGUGCAUAAGGAUAUGUGGAGCCUUGAAGUGGAGGAGUUGCAGAGAAUCAUCCCCUAGAUACUGUUUUUCUGCCUAAAAUAACUGGAAAUGUACUUUCUUGGUGUCAGACUAUUCUGUGUGUUUGUGGUUUCAACCAACCACCAGUUACUCUUGGAGUAAACCAAAGUGAGAAGUCGGACUCGGAGUCAAGUGUAGGGAUCAGUGCUUAUCUGAUAAUAACAGCGAUGUUCAUGUCUUCCACUGUCUCUUUUUACACCAGCAGAUUUGAGAAACACCUGUGUGAUGUUUUGAGUAAGGUGUCCAUGCUGUUAGGAAUGCUCCAUGUUUCUGUGUUAGUUGGUGUUCCUGGGAGCAUGUGUUGAGGGAGUCAUUCCUGCAGCAGGGCGGGUGUUCUUGGCAGCAAGGGCUGCACAGAACUCGUGUUGCCAGGGUGAACUCAAUACCUGGAACGAAGGCAAAAUGUGUUUCAGUCUAUUUAGAUUGUGGUUGGAAAUAAUAUCUUUGCCUGUAUUUUCUCUUUCAGUAAUGACCACGUCAGUAAACUCCGCUUGUAAGACAGAUGUCUCUUGGUAACCAUAAAGCAGAAUCUUGUACUUAAAAACCUCUCUGGUUUCUGAAAUAUUGAAAGUGGUACAGUAAUGACCCCUGUGUUCCAGUGAAGUGAAAUAAACUGAAAAGUCAUUAUGCAGGAUUCCCUGGAAUAGGUUCUCCAAGAUGCAAAUACGUUUACCACCUUAUGAAACAAGCUUUCUGCCCCUAAGUGUAUUUUUCUCUUUGAAGGUUUCUUGUUCCAAUGUAUGCUAUUUUUAGCUGUUUAAAUCAUUCUAAAAUAUAUUUUAUUUUUAAUCUUUCUUUCUUCCUUGUGUGGGAGAACACAAAAGUAUGACAUCAAAACGCCUUUAAAAAGAAGAAAUGUUACUAUUUAUUUUCCCUUUUGUCUAAAGAGAGCUUGAAUCCUGAAGAAUAUAUUGCAUUAUCUGUGUGGAAUAGCUUUGUGUUUUGGGACUGUGUUGUCCAGGAAUAUAGCUGUGUUAAUUGGGAAUACAUGUCAGAAGAGAAGGUGAUUUCUGAUUGAACAGUACAAUUUGAGAACCAAGUGAUGGUAACUACAUUUUUUAAUUGUGAGGUUAUGUUUUCAAAGCAUGUGGAAAUUAACUAGUCUCCUUUAAAGAUUUCAGAUCUUUGCAGAUGAAGGACUGGAUUUCAGAGUGCAAUUCCCAGCCUUGAGUUUGAUAUUCCAAAUGAGACCACAUCAGAGACAGUAGGAUAAUGGAAGUCCUGCUCACGUAAUACCAAAAUAGACAGAGAUACAGAGUUUUGAUGGUCUGGGUUUAUUUACUAUUUUAAAUCCUGGGGGGAAAAAAUCCACUUGUGGAAUGCUGUAGCCUUGUAGAAAUGAUCCAUGUGGUCAGCAUGUUGACUGGCAGCUGUUCUUGCUGAUGAUAGUUUUCCAUCUGAAUGCUUCUUAUGCAAGGAAUCUGAAGCUUGUUCCGGAUAUGUUCACUUUGCCAUGCUUUCUAACCAGGCAGUAAAACUCUGGAAAUAAACAGCAAAAACCCUGAAAAUGAACAGUUAAAACUGCUGCACCCUUGCUAGUGUCUGUGAAUUUACAGAAUUAAAUGUGGCUUGCCAUCUGGCA